ACGUUAUAUAAUCCAUUGGGAGAAGAGUUGUUAAAGUAACAAAAGCAUAAAAGAGUGGAUCAAAUGGCUGAAAUUGGUAGCAGAGAAAGCAGGUGGUCUCUUCAGGGAAUGACAGCUCUUGUUACUGGUGGAACUAAAGGAAUCGGGUAUGCUAUUGUAGAGGAAUUGGCAGGCCUAGGGGCGACCGUCCAUACAUGCAGUCGAAAUGAGGCCCAACUCAACGAAUGCUUACAUGAAUGGAAGACAAAGGGAUUUCGAGUCACUGGUUCUGUGUGCGAUGCAGUGUUUCGAGCCCAACGAGAGGAACUAAUUAGCACCGUCUCCUCUCUAUUUAAUGGCAAACUCAACAUCCUUAUAAACAAUGUGGGAAGCAACAUACAUAAAACAACCGCAGAGUACACAGCUGAAGAUUUCUCAUUCCUCAUGUCUACUAAUCUUGAAUCUGCUUAUCACAUGUCCCAACUUUCUCAUCCUCUUCUGAGAUCUUCGGGAGCAGGAAGCAUUGUUUUCGUUUCUUCCGUUGCCAGUGUAGUAGCAGUAAAUAUUGGAAACAGUAUAUACAGUGCAGCUAAAGGAGCCGUGAAUCAGCUAGCAAGAAGUUUGGCAUGUGAGUGGGCAAAAGACAACAUAAGGAGUAACUCUGUUGCACCUUGGUUUAUCAGAACCCCCUUGGCUGAAAUUUUUCUGAGGGAUGAGAAAAUGUCUGAGGCUGUUGUCUCUCAAACACCUCUUGGACGUGUUGGAGAGCCAAAGGAGGUUUCUUCCAUGGUGGCAUUCCUAUGCCUACCUGCGGCUUCAUACAUAACUGGUCAGAAUAUUUGUGUUGAUGGCGGAACUACAGCAUGGAGCCUUGGGGGGAUGACAGCUCUUGUCACGGGCGGAACAAAAGGAAUAGGGCAUGCUAUUGUGGAGGAACUUGCAGGUUUUGGGGCGAUUGUACAUACAUGCUCUAGGAAUGAGGCCGACCUGAAUGAAUGUUUAAGUGAGUGGAGAAAGAAAGGCUUUCAAGUCACUGGUUCAGUGUGCAAUGUAUCCUCUCGAACUGAGCGAGAGAAGCUAAUAACCAUUGUCUCCUCCAUCUUUAAUGGAAAACUCAACAUCCUUGUUAACAAUGUCGGGACAAACAUAACAAAACCGACCACGGAGUACACAGUAGAAGACUUCUCAUUUAUCAUGGCCACGAACUUCGAAUCUGCCUACCAUUUGAGCCAACUUUCACAUCCUCUUCUGAAAGCUUCAUCAGCUGGAAGCAUUGUAUUUGUAUCUUCAGUUUGUGGUGUUAUAUCAGUAAUGAAUGUGGGAUCAGUAUAUUCAGCAACUAAAGGGGCAAUGAAUCAGCUAACGAGGAGUUUGGCAUGCGAGUGGGCAAAAGAUAAUAUAAGGAUUAACUGUGUUGCACCAUGGUUUAUUUGGACCCCCCUUGCUGAGCCUUAUCUUACUGAUGAAAACAUGUUUAACUCGAUUAUCUCUCAAACGCCCAUGGGACGUGUUGGGGAGCCAAAAGAAGUGUCGUCCUUGGUGGCAUUCCUUUGUCUUCCGGCAGCCUCUUACAUAACCGGGCAGACAAUCUGCGUUGACGGAGGGGUCACAGUGAGUUGCUUAUUGGUCCCAUGACCAUAUAUAUAUAUAUAUGAGCAAACAAAUGCAUGCCAGUUUCCCUAGCUAGUAGCAGACUUUGCAGUAUUGCAUAUAAUAAGGCAUCAGUUUGCUUUAUAUCUAUGUGUGUGCGCCCUUGUGUAGCCCCGUUGUAUAUAUGCAUGCAAGGGGUUUUUAUUGAUACUAAUAUUAUAACUUAUGAAUUUGGUUUUAAGCAAUAUUUUUUUUAUGUGUUUUAAGUAUAUGAAUUUGGAAGAA